AUGUCCUCAGUAGAUCAAAACGUGAAGGUGUUCGGCCUCCAAGCUAAUAUAUGGACUCCUUCACGUAACGAUAUCUGCAUUAGGUUCGACCUCGGGAAAAAGGGUCUGGAAGACACGAAGGAGCUGAGUGUGUGCUACCGCGCCAAGGCGUCCAGGCUACAAGCCACCGAGGUCUACAUCUCUUUCUCCGUGUCUAAAGAUGACGUUGACGCUCUGGUUAUUACACGCACAGGCUCCAAGCUGAAGGUGUACAUCCAUAACGUGCAGCAGUCGGGCCUCUCCGCCCUUCACACCGACCUGGUGCUCCACCGCUGGGAGCAUCACUGCUAUGUCUUCUCUCACGGACACUCCCGAGUCUUCAUCAACGGCCACGAGCGAGCUAGUGGACCUCUCCUUGUGAAAGAUGCUUUGUUACCCCUUAACAGCACGCUCUGUCUCGGUAUGGAACAAGAUUCUGUCGGCGGUGGCUUCGACAAGACGCAGAUCUUCCGCGGGUACAUGGCUCAGGUCAACAUCUGGAACCGGAAAAUAAGCGACCAGGAUGUCAUGGACAUCGCCUCGUGCAAAAUGUAUGGCGAAGGGAACGUCUUUUCGUCAGAUGUGGACAUUGUGGAGGAGGUGGGAACGACUCGCGAUGUUGUGCCGCUGGCUAAACUCUGUGAGCCCGAGAGUGAUUUUUUUGUCAUCCCAAUGAUGUUCAGCAUUUACGAAGGGAGACAGGAAUGCUACAGACUUGGGUAUGGAUUAUAUGCACCAGAAUCACCGCAAAAGAAUAAGGAAAUGUACAACGACUCUCUACAGUUUCUGGACACCUGUACAAACACUUACCACAUGUGGAUUGGUGUGUCAGAUGAGAAGGAAGAAGGAGUUUGGCGAAGGGACUCUGACAAAGCAGUCAUGAGGAAUCUCUCAUGGAAGCUGGGUCAACCUGAUGGAAUGGCAAAACAAAACUGUGUAUACAUGUCAGUGUUUGAUGGUCUGUGGAGUGACGAAGCUUGUGAUCUUAACGUCCUUGCGUGCAUCUCCUGCACGAAGAGACAGAAUCCGCCGCUCCGUCUCAGAGGGAUGUGCUUCGAGAUGGAAGCCGAGACUGCUUUCGAAGUCUUAGGAUAUCAAAAUAAGAGGCCAUACUUUCAUGGAUUCUAUGGUUUAAUUAUUUUCAUGACCAUUCCAGGAUUGUGGGUGCUGUAUAAUACAGAUACAAAUACAACAUUAGCCACUCUGGAUUUGAAUUCAGUCAAUGAUUUUCCCAUAGGACACAGAACUUGGAUCCUUCAAAAUCCGGUGUGUGAUCUUCCCGAAAACUCUAAACUUGAACUAAGUCUCUCAUCCUGUCAUGACUCAGAGUUUACAUGCGAUAAUGGAGACUGCAUAAGCAAAGAUCUUCGAUGCAAUUCCAGAGACGACUGUUCCGAUUUCUCUGAUGAGGAUAACUGCCACAUUCUGUCGAAGCCAGAAAACUAUCGUUCAGGUAGACCUCCGGUCUCACAGAAUAUGGGGAAACCUGUACGGUUUUCGUCCAAGAUUCAAGUUCUUCGCUUUACGAACAUUAACGAUGUCAAGAGAAUAGUCAGUCUUGAACUGAAAUUGAAAGUAGAAUGGAAAGAUUCAAGACUCAAGUACCUCAACCUGAAGGACUCGAUGGAAUGGAACACUCUCACACAGCGAGAAAUAGACAGCAUAUGGAGACCUGUCUUCGAGUUCCCGAACGUUCAAGACGGCCAAGUGAGGAUACUGAAGGAAAGGCUGUAUGUGAAGAAGGGUGGAAAUCCUCUUCCCCCCGAAUUCAACGAUGUCAAAAUGGAUUUGGUGUACUCAGGAGAGUCCAAUUCUCUUGUUCAGGAACAACAUUACAGUGGGACCUUCUCCUGCCACUUCGAACUCUUCUAUUACCCGUUCGACAAGCAGAAGUGUUCAGUGCACAUUCAGCUCUCCUCGAUCAUACAGGACGCCGUCUUUACACAUUCGGACUCGGUGGUGGAAUAUUUGGGUUUCGAGGAACUGCCUUUAUACAUCGUCAACAGGUUCACGUCAGCAGCAACACAACGACAGGAAGACCAGACGCGAUUCAGUGUCCUGAAGAUGGAGUUCGAGUUGCACCGACGGUGGACAGUGAUCAUGAUGAACCUGUACCUGCCCACCAACCUGCUCCUGGCUGCAGGCUACGCCACUCUUUUCCUCAAUGUGGCUGACCAAGGGGAGCGGAUGGACCUGACUCUGACCUCCUUGCUAGUGCUGUACACCCUCUUCAACAACACCUCCAGCUUCAUCCCCGUCACCGCCUACGUCAAGAUGGUUGACGUGUGGUUCGUCUUCUGCAUCCUCCUGAUCUUCUGCAUCAUCGUCUGCCACACGCUGGCCAAGCCGGACCUCGACAAAGUUCACAACCUCACGACCUCGUCUCCUCGACGCCUCAAGCUCCUAGACCAGGUUCCUCCCGAAUAUUUCCUGAAGAUUAUGAGACGAUACUUAGUGCCUUCUUUCGCUCUUGGUUUCAGCAUCAUCUUCUGGGCGCUGCUCCUCGGCUCCUUAGCUUCAUAAACUUGACACUGGCACAGAAAAACAUCUUUCGAAAGUAUUGAAAAUGAUUGUAAUAAUAAUGGGGGGAAAAAUUUGGCAGCACGUAAAUUCUCAUUAAGGUAAUGAUGAACGUUGAUGCAACUUGCUGGAAACAUUAGCAUCGAGCGCGUGUUUAUGUAUAUUAGUCUGAGUCUCACCCCGAUAUACAGGUUAUAUUCUCUACUACGUCUCUACUACGUCGUGUUCUCUGAACUCCACUAUUAGAAUUGCUUAAUACGAGUUAUGUCACUGGGCAGCUGCCUGCUUCAUGGAGUACAAGUCUCACGGCAACAGUACGAAAUCCUGGCUAACGUGAUGCCUUCAUCUCAUCUCAUUCACCAGCUGCAUGUGUAAAACCAUUGAGAGAAUGGUACUCAAUAGAUCAUUGUAUAGAAGUAAACAACAAAUGUCACCUGGUAUCAACGGUCUCACAUAUGGUAAAAUUUGUGCACAAUUGUAUCGUAACCGUUUUCACUGUUCAUUGAGAUAAAAGGCACAAAUACACGACAUUUCUUGAAUUGAAAAAUACCUUUUAUGUUGCUAACAGGGAAGUGAUCCUGUGUGAAUUACCUAGAAUGGAUAUAGGUGGUCAAUUGUCACAUUGUAUGCGAGAUUAUCUUACCAACCAGAAGUACUCCGCACUGUUCCAAGCUACAAAAAUGAUAUUAAAUUAAUGAAACUAGGCACACCACAAGGAGUAUUAAGCCCCACCAUUUGUAAUGUUCAAAUAAAUGCCUUAAUAAAAUUAAAU